ACGCGUUUUGACAGCAAAGAGUGAAAAAAAGUCUCAUCUGUGUCGUCUUAUUUUUCUCUUUGAUUAUUUGGAAUAGGUGGUUGUGAAAGAAAAAGCAGCUUUUAAUGAAAUUCUACGAGGAAAACGCUUCUUCAAAAGGCAAGAACCACGAUAAGUACGAAGGAAUGAGCGAUGAUGAUCGCGACAUUGACAUCGAGAGCGAUGAUGACAAUGACUCGGAUGGGAAUCGCAGUCAGCAGAGGAACUCUGUAAAUAACCAGUACUGCUCUCAGGCCGAGAAAAGGGCGCACCACAAUGCGCUGGAACGAAAGAGGCGAGAUCACAUCAAAGACAGCUUCACAUCCUUAAGGGAUUCAGUGCCAUCACUCGCUGGGGAAAAGGCGAGUCGCGCACAGAUUCUGAAGAAAGCAGCUGAAUAUAUACAAUUUAUGCGGCGAAAGAAUCACUCCCACCAUCAAGAUAUUGAGGAUCUCAAGAAGCAGAAUAAUGUUCUGGAAGCACAGAUUCGACAAUUGGAACGUGCUCGAGCCAAUGGUUCCACAUUUAAUGGUUCCGAAUCCAAUGAUAUGGCACACAAUGUGAACAAUUCCAAAGCAGACAGCUCUCGCGGAUCGGACAGUAGUUCCGAUGCCGAGGAUAGCAAUCACAGUGCACGUCGUACGAAGAAACUCAAGACAGGCGGCAAUUUUGCUUGAAACUCUUAAGAAAGAAAGAAAAAAUCUCUCUACGAUUUGCACAACUUUCAUUUGCGUCUCAUGUGUCCAUUUUCUUAUAUAAACAAACAAAAAAGGAAAAUUAUAGUGUAGGGGGAUGUAUUUUUGAUGGCCUAAUGUGCCACCAAUCUCACAGAGAUAAGCAACAAACAAAUAACUGCGUGUCCAUUGAGAAAAAAAAGAGAAAGAAAAGAAGAGAAAGAGAGAGUGCAAAAGAAAAAAAAACGUACAUUAUGGACUGAUUCACAAAAAGAAAAAUCCCCAAAAAACUUUACUUUCUGUCCUGGUUUUGUCACGCGGAAACUCUUUAAGUUCUCUUCUCUUUACUGUUCUUUACCACCUGUUGAAAUAUUUUUUUACUCAUUUCUUUAGCUUUUAAGUGUUAUAUAUAUUUUCUUUUUUUUUUGUCAUUUUCUUCUACCUCCAAAGAAAUCUUUUUUUCUGCCCUGAAAAUAAAAUUAAUUCAUUUUGAAUUUAUUUCUUUGGAAAAUGAAAAAGAAAAAAGAAUUUUAAUUGGAAUAGAAUCAAUUGAACUAACCCCCCUAGUCUUCUUUUUAACCCUCACACCACACUCUUAAAACAAAAUUUUCUUUUGCAAAAUUUCUAUUACAUUGAAGAUAAAUCAGUUGGAAACUCCCUUUGUUUUCAUCUUCUCCACUUCCUCUGAAGAAAGAGAGAGAAAAAUUACAUUUAUAAAAUAAGUAAAAGAAAAUAAAGUCUCUUGAUUGAGAAGAGAUUAAAAAAAAAGAAAAAUUGAAAGAAAAAAAAAACAUUACAAAGAUUGAUGAGAGAAAAAUAAUAAUUUAGAAGUAGAAGGUAAAUUAAUAAUUAAAAUAAAAAGAAGUUAUUAUUUUACAUUUUACUUGUACAUCCUACAUGGAAAAAUACAAAUUCCAUUAUGUUAAUUAACAAUAAAUAAUAAUUAAUAUAUUAUUAUAUAGAAAUAUACUUCAAUGUAUAGAAAAUA